AUGUGGGUCUUUGGUUACGGGUCUUUAGUGUGGAAAGUAGAUUUUAAAUAUGAAUCAAAGGUUAUAGGUUAUGUACAGGGUUAUCUUCGAAGAUUUUAUCAGCAUAGCAUUGAUCAUAGAGGGAUUUCUGAAAAACCUGGUCGAGUAGUUACCUUGGUUCCCAGCGAAGACCCAAACAGUAAGGUAUGGGGUGUUGCUUACAAAAUUAGAACGGAGGAUAUCGAGCAAGUGAUAAAUCAUUUAGAUUAUAGAGAAAAGAAUGGUUAUUCUAAGCAAACUGUCACAUUCCAUCCACAGGAUAAAUAUCUCACUCCAUUCUCUUUAACCUUAUAUGUAGCUACUAAGGAUAAUGAAUCUUUUGCCGUUCUUCUCUUCCAAAAAUGUAAAUAUAGACCAGCAUCAAUAGAUGAUAUCGCAAAGCAAGUUGUCAGUUGCCAAGGCCCCAGUGGCACCAACAAAGAAUAUGUAUAUAAUUUAGCUGAAGCAAUGAGGAAAUUAGCUCCAGAUAUACAAGAUGACCACUUGUUUGCACUUGAAGCAGCUUUAAAAGAAAUUGACCCAGAUUUA